AUGUCGGGCUCGCCGCACUCGAGCGCAACCGACGACGACGCGGGCGCCAGCGACGCCCCGCACGUCGAGGCCCUGUUCCUGAUCAAGUUCGACCAGAAAAUCGGCUACACCAUCGCCUGGAAGCGCACCGCCGCUGCCACCACCGACCUCGAUGGCGUCGAGUACAAGGCCCUUCCGUCCGGGCUCCACGCGCUGGAAAGCGACCUGGUGUACUUCACACAUGCGGGCUUUGCGGGCCUGAGCGCAUUCGCGCGCGGCGCCGGCAGCGAGGCAGAGCGACACGCGAACUUUGUGUCUGUCGGGAUAUUGGUGCGGCGCGAGGGCCAGGCCGGGCGGCUGGGGCGCGGGUGGCUGCUGGCCGGGCGGCUGGAGGCGCUGGCCGCGGCGCUGGCGAGCGAGGAGUCGACCGCGGCGCUGGAGGAGUUCUGGGCGGACCAGACGGGGGCGGUGGACCGGCAGGACGGGAAGGGGGUGACUCGGGACCGCGCGAUUUCGACGGCGACCAAGGUGCCCACGGACGAUGAGAGGCUGCCGGAGUACCACCCGGCGCUGGCGAUUCUGCAGUACCUGGAGCUGUUUGGGCCGCUGGUGUUCCGGUUGCAGCAGGCGGCGUUGCUGCGGAAGAGGAUUCUGUUUGUGGGGAGUCCGCCGGUGAGGGCGACGUGCGAGUUUGUGUACAAUCUGUCGGUGCUCUCGAGCAUCUCCCCGCGCGACGCCGAGCAUCUUGCGCCGGGCACGGAGGACCUGCUGCGGCUGCCGUCGCUGUUCUCCAUCGGCGUGCACGACAUCCCGUAUCUUGAGCAGCUGCGCAACCCCAAGGGCGGCCACACGCCGGGACAGACGGCGGCGGAGGGCUGGGUCGCCUGCACGACGGACGAGAUCAUCGCGACCAAGCCGCAGCUAUACGACAUCAUCGUCGAGAUACCGCACAGCGACAAGGCCGAACAGCGGCACUGGCCGAAGCUGCGCACCAGCGCGGGCGACGUGAUCAAAGCCAGCCAGCGCGACGUGGCGCGGUUCAAGGUGCUGCACCGCGAGCUGUGGAAGCACCGCCAGCAGGCCACCGAGACGUUCCACGACGAAGACGAGCAGAACGACGACGCGGCGCCGCUGAUCUCCCACGACGAGAUCGACGCCAAGCGCGCCGACGACGACUUUAACGAGGCCUACGAUGAUUCCGCCGUCGAGCCCACCACAUGGUCGCGCCUCGCCUACCAGGGCUUCAUGUGGUGGGCCAGCGCAGGCGAGCGCGACGCCUACACCACGGCCGAGCGCGAUCUCGACCGCGAGCUCGUCGGCGACAUCGCAGCCUACGAGGACUCGGUCGAGACCGCCGUCAUCGCCUACUUCCACCGGCAGUCAUCCCUCACCAUCAAGGUGCUGUCGCAGCUGGUGGAGAGCGAGCACGAGCACGACGACAACGACGAGGGCGACGCGCUGUGGAUCGACCGCGACGACCUCGGGCGCAUGGGGCUGGACACGUGGAGCGAGGCGGACCGCGCGUACGUGCAGGAGUUUGGCAGCUUGUAUUUUGCGCGCCGCGUCGAGAUCAGAGGGAACGAGGUCGACUGCUGCGGGUUGAGAGUGCCGCUGCUGUAG